UUGAGUCAUUUUGUUCUCACAUGCCAAAAAUGCAGCUAUGUUGAUUUAAAUUGGACAUGUUUGCAUUGAAUUUUGGGUCAUAUCAACCCCACAAUUGAUCAAAGUUCUUCACUCGCUUCCUCAAACUAAAUCGAGGACAGAGGGGGCAAUGUUUGUGAAUUGGACUACCACUUAAAAUGGCAAUCCAACUGCAUCCAUUUUUUGAUGGGGAUUCCCCUGAGGAAAAGUGUGUAAAGGAAGUAAAAUUAACGUGUUUGGACUGCAUCUGAGGUUUUUGUCUUUCCCACCAUCAGUUGAGACAACAUGCUAUUGAAUACAGGAGAACGAAGGUUACGUAUGUGAGCUAUUGAAUCACUCCAAUAUGUAGAUCAAGAACACUAAGGUAACCUGCCUAAAUGACUACAGACCCGUAGCACUCACAUCCGUAGCCAUGAAGUGCUUUGAAAGGCUGGUAAUGGCUCACAUUAACACCAUUAUCCCAGAAACCCUGGACUCACUCCAAUUUGCAUACCGCUCGAACAGAUCCACAGAUGAUGCAGUCUUUAUUGCACUCCACACUUCCCUUUCCCACCUGGACAAAAGGAACACCUACGUGAGAAUGCUAUUCAUUGACUAUAGCUCAGCGUAGGUAGCAACACAUCUGCCACACUGAUCCUCAACACUGGAGCCCCUCAGGGGUGCGUGCUCAGUCCCCUCCUGUACUCCCUGUUCACCUACAACUGCAUGGCAAAGCACAACUCUAACACCAUCAUUACAUUUGAGGAGGACACUACAAUGGUAGGCCUGAUCACUGACAACGACAAGAGCCUAUAGGGAUGUCAGAGACCUGGCUGGGUGGUGCCUGAAUAACAACCUAUCCCUCAACGUGAUCAAGACAAAGGAGAUUGUGGACUACAGGAAAAGGAGGACUGAGCACGCCCUCAUUCUCAUCGAUGGGGCUGUCGUGGAGCAGGUUGUGAGCUUCAAGUUCCUUGGCGUCCACAUCACCAACAAACUAAAAUGGUCCAAGCACACCAAGACAGUCGUGAAGAGGGCAUGAUAAAACCUAUUUCCCCCCUUGGGAGAUUGAAAAGAUUUGGCAUGUGUCCUCAGAUCCUCAAAAGUUUCUACAGCUGCAACAUCGAGAGAAUCCUGACUGGUUGCAUUACUGCCUCUGACCGUAAGGCGCUACAGAGGGUAGUGUGUGCCACCCAGAGCCUCUACACCAGGCGUGUGUCAGAGGAAGGCCCAAAAAAUUGUCAAAGACCCCAGUCAUAGACUGUUCUCUCUGCUACCGCGUGGAAAGCGGUACCGGAGAGCCAAGUCUAGGACCAAAAGGCUUCUCAACAGAAGCCUUUUGGUCCCCAAGCCAUAAGACUUGAACAGGUUAUCAAAUGGCUACCCGGACUAUUUGCAGUGUGUCCUACCACCCAAUUCGGCGCACGUGACAAAUGAACUUUGAUUUGACGAAAGCCUGCUCCAGAGAGCUCAGGAUUUCAGACUGGGGCAAAGGUUCACCUUCCAACAGGACAACGACCCUAAGCACACAGCCAAGACAAAGUAGGAGUGGCUUAGGCACAAGUCUCUGAAUGUCCCGAGUGCCUCAGCCAGAGCCCGGACCUGAACCCGAUCGAACAUCUCUGGAGAGACCUGAAAAUAGCUGUGUAGCGAUGCUCCCCAUCCAACCUGACAGCUUAGAGGAUCUGCAGAGAAGAAUGGGAGAAACCCCCCAAAUACAGUGAUGAAGACAUGGAUGUCAGAUGGUAUGGUGGGGUAUGCAAAAUAGGAACUGUCCCAUGAGGAACAGGCUAAUCAGCGCUAAGGACAGAGGGAGGCACAUUAACUUCCUGACAACAACAAGAUGAGGAUUUCAAAGCGUUGUGGCUCCAACAGACGUUUGUUGUUGCCCUUGCUGGUCCUUGGGUUGAUGAUCUUACUGGCAGUUGUAACCCUUAAUUGGUUUGAGACUGAAUCACAGAUGCCUUUGGCAUGGCACGUGGAUCCCAACCACCGAAAGCUUGUGCACUCUUUUGUACGGGGUGUUCUUUCGAACCAGUGCAGACCAGCCUUUGCCAGAAAGGGAGUAGAAGCAAGGCUCCAGAGCUCUAGUCAUGUGACUGAUCCUUUCCUGUGGCGGGACACACUGCUGACUCAAGAGAUGUUCAAGUACCCCCCACCAUUCGGGUUCCGUGACAUGCAUGGCAAACUGAAGGAUGUCCUCAACCUCCUCCCUGCUCAACCAGAGCAGCUGAAGAAAGAGUGCAGACGCUGUGUGGUCUUGGGAAAUGGAGGAAUCCUCCGUGGCCUUGAGCUGGGCGCCCUGCUUGACCAGUUUGAUGUUGUCAUUAGGCUCAAUAGUGGUCCUUUGAGGAACUACAGUAAAGACGUGGGGAACCGGACCUCUAUCCGGAUGAGCUACCCAGAGGGAAGCCCCAAGGUCUGGGAAGAUGUGGACCCUGAGCUGCAGUUUGUGGCGGUGGUCUACAAGGCUGUAGACUUCAAGUGGAUCAGAGCAAUGAUCAACAGACAGAGAGUUUCCCUUUGGGACUGGCUGUUUUUCUGGCAGAAGGUGCCAGAGAAGAUUCCAGUAGACUUAUCAAAGUUCCGUUUGUUGAAUCUGGAGAUCAUCAGGCAGAUGGCGAUGGACCUGUUAGCCUACUCCUCCCCACAGAAACGCCUCUGGGGCUGGGACCAGAACGUGCCCACCAUGGGCAUCUCAGCCCUCAACCUGGCCACCUACCUAUGUGACGAGGUCAGCCUAGCAGGCUUUGGUUACAACCUCAGCCAGAAGGAGACGCCCCUGCAUUACUAUGACAAUAUACCCAUGACAGCUAUGCUGGGGCAGAACAUGCACAACGUGGACCGUGAAAGGGCUCUCCUCCAGAGCCUGGUGAGGGAAGGGACUGUAUCAGACCUCACAGGGGGCCUGCACUGCACCUUCUGCCCCAGCUGAAAGAGACUGAUCUGGGCCCGCAGCGCAGCUAGCGACACACCAACGAUCUACCUUCCACUGACUUAUCAUUCCAAUACUUUUCACCCUGGAAUUCAAAAAGUUGAUUUGAGUCUAUGGAUCUGGGGACUUGACUGCAAACUCUUCUAUGUUCCAGUGCAUGCCAGCAUAUUGAAUCUGCAUGGACUAGAUGUGCUGACAUGAUGGGGAACAGUGAAGCUGUACACUUCUCCCCUGCGCAGUUGAAAACGACAAGCCUAAAUCCUUCUAUAAGGGAAGUAUUAUCACUGCUAAACUUAAAUGUUUUUUUGUAUUUAUUAAGAGAUAAUGUAUAAUUACUUAAUUAAAUCUUAGCAUAAAGUUGAUGCUAAAAAGUGUACAAACAUUACCAUAAAUAUUGUGAAUAAUGAACAGAUGGACUAACAGAUAAUUAACAUUACCCUUUUUAUGCUUUCGAUUUUAAGUUGAAUGUUUAGUUUGUCCACAAGAUGUCUGAAUUUGGUUGUGUUUUUACAUUUUUCUAAUGUAAUUAUUAGAUUGUUCUUAUUAUAAUAAUGUAUGUUCUCAAUGCUUGACUUGGACUAAGAUGGGAGCCGGUACUAAUUAUAUUUACAGUGGGGCAAAAAAGUAUUUAGUCAGUCACCAAUUGUGCAAGUUCUCCCACUUAAAAAGAUGAGAGGCCUGUAAUGUUCAUCAUAGGUACACUUCAACUAUGACAGACAAAAUGAGAAAAAAAAUCCAGAAAAUCACAUUGUAGGAUUUUUAAUGAAUUUAUUUGCAAAUUAUGGUGGAAAAUAAGUAUUUGACCUCUCACUCUUUGGCACAAAGAGAAGAUUCAAAUGGGAGGCAGGCCUACACACAAACUAUAUAUGUAUGUGCCAUUUGCUAAAUAUUUUUAUAAUUUAAUUAUCAGUCACCAUUUUUCUUUUAUUCCAGGCUUUAUUAAAGUAUUCCACAAACGGAAAUACACAAUGGACAGUUUCUCCUCAUGGCUGAGCCACAUAAUGCCAGGGUAUAUCUGGUGGGCUUUCUCCUCAUGGCUGAGCCACAUAAUGCCAGGGUAUAUCUGGUGGGCUUUCUCCUCAUGGCUGAGCCACAUAAUGCCAGGGUAUAUCUGGUGGGCUUUCUGGAAUAAGGACACGUGCAUAAUGUGGUAGAAAGGGCCAUAGAGGAUCAUAUUAAUAGAAUUCUCUAUUUCAUUGAGGUCACAAUAGUUAAAUGGUGUUUCCUCUUCCAUUUCACCACAAUACCGACCUGUUUCAAUACACAGAUACAAUAUCCCUGAUCUUACCUAUUUCAAUACGCGGAGGCAAUAUCCCUAAUCUUACAUAGCGAUCUCUUGCUUUUCGGGAGGUUGUACAUUAUAUUUCUUACACAGAAAUUCCCCCUUAAUGAAAGGGUUUAUGAUUCAUCUCCUCCACUUAUUUAUUUUCAUAUUGCAUCAUCAGUUGUGUUUUAAUAGUGUCUAUGUCUCACUUCAUUUGGUUUUCAUACAACUGUUCACAGUCAGACUGUUGGAAAAUGUCAGACAUUUCAGUUGUCCAGGCUCCCCCUAUGGAGAGAUCCCAUUGAAAAACGCUGCUGGCUAUUCUCGCAAUUGGCAUAUCCAACAGUCUAUUCCAAAGUCUCACCAUACACGCCUUCCAUCUCACCUCACAGGAAUCCCAGCCCAUGUCCCAGUUAUUUCCAGUAUAGGUGCAAACUUGUGGAGACCUAAAAAAAAUAACGUACUGCUCUGUUAUGGACGUGUUAAUUUUUGAGAUGCCUCUUAGCACCCCACACUCCUGCUGAAUAGUCCAGUCCAGGACAGGACACACGCAUGUCUGAUACAGUUUGGAAUACGUAGCAUAACCAAUAUCUUUGAGUGCUUUUGUUUUUCCUAGAACUCCCCCAGGAGCUCUACUUGCUGAAUCGGCCCAGGCAGAUGUGCCGUAGAAAGGUCAUAUGUUCAUCAAAAUAAAGACCAAAUAUUUAGAAUUGCUAGUAACCUUGCAUUUCUUCACCAAAACACACCUGAAAAACACUUCUCUUGGUACCCGGUUUUCUAAAAUGCAAUAUCUGUAUGUUUUUCUGAUUGAUCAUGCGUCUCCAUCUUUUGCAAUAAUUGACUGUACAUAAUACCAUUUUCUGUAGGUCUUGUUCAGUUUCUGCCAUUAAAAUAAUAUCAUCAGCAUAUAAGAUGUCAUAUCUUACUCCAA